AUGGCGGCACCGCGCCCGCAGCAGCUUCUGCUGCUGCUCCUCGUCUCGCUCCUCGCCGCCCGCCGCGCCGAAGCGUGGGGCAAGGAGGGCCACAUCAUGACCUGCAAGAUCGCUGAGAAGUACCUGUCGGAGGACGCGGCGGCGGCGGUGCGGGAGCUGCUGCCGGCGUCGGCGGGCGGGGAGCUGUCGACCAUGUGCCCGUGGGCGGACGAGGUGCGGUUCCGCUACCACUGGGCCAGCCCGCUCCACUACGCCAACACGCCCGGCCUCUGCAGCUUCAACUCCACCCGGGACUGCCAUGACUCCAAAGGCGUGCAAGGGAUGUGUGUCAUCGGAGCCAUCAACAACUACACAGACCAGCUCCUCACCUACAAAGACUCCACAAAGAGUUCAUAUAACCUGACCGAGAGCCUGAUGUUCCUGGCGCACUUCGUCGGCGACGUGCACCAGCCGCUGCACGUGGCUUUCGAGGAAGACGAGGGUGGGAACACCAUCAACGUCCACUGGUACAAGGCUAAGGCCAACCUGCACCAUGUGUGGGAUGUGAGCAUCAUCGACACGGUGAUGAAGAACCUAUACAACAAGGACCUGGACACCAUGGUGGAAGCCCUCCACACGAACAUGACAAAUGGAUGGUCUGACGAUAUAAGUCAAUGGAAAAAUUGCACAAACACAAAGACAACCUGCGCAAAUGACUAUGCAGUUGAGAGCGUAGGAUUGGCAUGCAAGUACGCCUACAAGGAUGUAGAGGAAGACAUUACUCUAGGAGAUGAGUAUUACUUCUCCCGGUACCCGGUUGUGGAGAAGAGAUUAGCACAGGGCGGCAUCAGACUGGCGAUGAUACUCAACCGGAUAUUUGAUAAGAAGAAACUAGAUGCUAUACCGUUAUAUGCACAGUGAGGCUAUAAUUGCCACACAUCAAAUACAAUUAUUGUAUCUGUAUAACCUCUCUAUUUGCUUCAACAAUACGGCAAUCCAGACGAGCAGUUCAAAGCAAUGCUUAUUUUGUAAUUAUAUCUUGUUCAAUUAGUGACAUCUGAUUUAGAGUUAAAUGUUUGUUAGAGAUCAUAUUCAUAUAUGAAUUGAUUUAUGAGCAUC